GACCGGCUGCAGCCGAACGACUUCUUUCUUCGCGGAGUGACCGUCCAGCACGCGUGCAGCACCUUUCCCAGUGCAAGCUUUAACGACCUCGUGCGAGCCAGACCAUCUCUCAAGACUGUGUGGGACCGGACGACGGUGCGUCGUGUUCUUUCGAGGUCGUGUGCGUGUUGUCGCCUCUCCUUGUCCGUGAGGGCCGGGUACCCCUUUUCGCCCCUGCAGCCGGUGGCAUCGCCACACUGGUUAUUGCUUCCAGUGCCUCGCUGACCCAAGAGAGAAGGAAAGAAAGAACACAUUUCGGCAAGGGCGAGAAAAAGGACCUGUGCAAAGAUCGCCGAGGUUUCGCGCCCACCUGUUUUGCCUGGCGCUUUCUCGUUUUUUUUUUUUUUCCCGGAGGCGACCCCUUCCCUGCAAGCUGUGGGUGGUGUCGACGACUCGCCGUUCGGAGUACGCCGUCGGGGUCGACCGACAUACCUCCACAGGCGGGCCCGUCUGGUCUCGAUGCGCGAUCUGGUUCCCGAGGACAGCAGCGGAAGCAGUAGCAGCGACGAAGAAGAGAGCAGCAGUAUGAUGAAGCACCACCAACAGCAGCAGCCCGACCACCAGGGGCCCUGCGAGAACUACAUGACACACAACUGCGUCACCAUCAUUCCCGUCGAGUACCCACGCUCAGACAGCUCGCCGCUCUCAGCUUGCACCCUUCGCGGGGGACCGGCGGCGGUGGGCGGUGGCGGCGACAAGCGGGGUGACUAUGCUACGCUGGACCACCGCCACGGCCACCACCACCACCACCACCACAGCGCGCCGUCGCCGUACGCGGUGUCCGUACCGGCUCUCACCACCACCACGCGGCGCCAGCUGCCGACGCCGACGCACCACCACAGCCACCACAACCAGUACCACCAGCACCCGGCCGCCGGCGCCAGCCACCACCACUUGCACCAGCACCACAACCAUGUUCGCCCGCAGCAGUGUUACCAGUUGCCCCCGCUCGGCACGGUGGGCCACGGUCACGACGAUGCGCCGGGCUGGCGAAUCCUGCCCACGCCGGCGGCCCGGGACCACCUGGUGCCCCCGCCGGCUCCGGCGCCGACCCCGAACUUGGCUCCGCCGCUGGCUCCGGCCCCCCAGCAGCGGCCGGUGACGCCUCCUCCCGCGCCGGUGCCUCCGCCAAAGCAAGAGAUGUGCGUGUACCUCAUGAACAAGGUGUGCCUCUGUGUCGAGGUCGGCAAUGUCCAGUUGGCGACGGCCCACGAGAUCAUCGACAUCAUCGCGGAGGACGACACCGAGAUCAACUUCCCCGCACAACUCAAGGAUGUGUUUGCCCUGUGGAUGACCUCUCCAUUGCUUGAGCUGCAGCUGAAGCCAGAUCACAGACCGUACCUUAUCCGGGAGCGGUGGUCAGAAUACCUGAAAAAAUACACCUUCGCCACAAAGCAACAGCUCGACUCUGAUGAACCAGUGCUGACGCUGCAGAGGAACGUCUUCCUUGAGAAAUCCAAAGAGAAGGAGGUCACUGACCUCAAGCUGCUGAAAAUGCUCUUUGCGGAAGCCAAGGGCAAUGUCCUCGACGGGAGGUACCCCUGCGAGACUGAAGACUGCAUGGUGCUGGGCGCUAUCCAGGCCCGGCUCGAACUUGGCCCGUACGACCCGCUCAAGCACACGCCGGAGUUUUUCAGGUCUCGGAUCCGAGACUUUCUCCCCGAGCAUGCCUGCCGCUCGCACUGGUUCCUGCUCGGCCUGGGCGCCAAGAAUGGCCCCGAGCGCCGUCUCUCCGAGCACUACAAGGCUAUUGCGAGCAAUGUCAAGGACAGCCGUCUGAUGCGAAAGUACCUGGAAUUCUGUUGGGCCUUCCCUUACUACGGGAGUGCCUUCUUCAGCGGUCAGGUGGAGAGGCCCGUGACUGGUAUAGCGGCCCUGAUGAACCACUACGACCUUCCCGUCCUUGUGGCCAUCAACCGUGAUGGUGUUCACGUCAUGGACCCAAGUCAACCAGUGGUGCUGCUCAGUCUGCCGUACAAGCAGCUGUCGUGGGACUAUGCCUGCCCAACGCAGCCCGACAACCCCGACUGCCUGCCUUGCCUGUUCCUGCAGUUCCAACUGCCGGGGCAGAACGAGACGUCCGUGCUUCAGAUCUUCUCGCGACAGGCUAUACUCAUGGAUGCCCUGAUUUCCACGAUUGUCGAUGAGCUGAAGAAGCGAGCUUCUUGGAUUGAAGCUAAUGUUGAGACCACUGCAGUUAGUUCCAGAGCAGACGAUGAUAUCCAGGUGCCGCUGACAGUGAAGAAACUCAGGCAGGAGCAAGGACUGUCGGGACGCUUGCGAAAGCUUUCCAUCGCAAAAUUCAACAGCAGUGGUGACUACCUCAAUUCCAAGGGUUCCCUCGAGUUCAGAAGGGACGACCGCCCGAGAUGAUUGGGGUUCGAAAGGGAACCACCUUGGUACUGAGGCAAUCCCGCUGCCUGGAAGUGAUGUCCAUGCUCCGCACGAACACGUGCUGCAGGGCGGGGUUAAUUACAGUGCGCCAAUGCAUCAAACCAGGCGUGCCAUCUUGCAGCUCAAUUUCGCUUUAAAUGGACAUUGCCACUUUUCUGGGUGCAUGCCAUGUCACUAUAGGCUUGCUGGCAAAGAAAGCACCUAGCAUUGUGUGGCCGUUGGACGGUACGAGCUUAUAACGAUGUUGUGGGGCUGAAGUAAUCAAAGGCUUAAGGGAUUGGAUUAACAGUACUUUAAAGGCUUCCCUCUCAAUGCAGCAUUCCAGGCACACAGAGAGCUUCCUUUCCUUCGGAAAGCCUGCUACUAAUUUACACGUUCGCGUGAGAGAAGCCAGGGGUGCAGAUAGAAUGUGUAAAAAGGUUCAACAUGGCUGUGAAAGUGACUGCUGAAAUGGCUGCUACCAUUGCUGUGACUGAUCUAUCUCCUUGUUUGAAACAAGCCAUAGAUAGUGCAGAAUGCACGAGAAGGUUUAACAUGGCUGUGAAAAUGGCUAGAAACGGCUACGAAAAUGGCCUGGAAUGGCUGCUGCAAUGGCUACUGCCCACAGAAAGAAACCUUUGCUAGAUGCGUCUGUAAAUCGUUUUUGCUCACCCUGUAACGACUUUGUGAGGCGCGAAUUCUAGAGCAGCAUUUCGUACGCACCUGGUGAGAUCGGGUGUGAGCUGCAGGAUGGCACGCCUGUUUGGCCCAGAAUGCUGGCACUGAAAGAGGCGCACACAUUUAUCAGAGGAAGUGAUGUGUUCCGAAAAACCACCUCUUCGACCCCUUUUCCCCAUCACCACCCAGAGGGCUUUUUUGUGACGUCCUCACUUUUUCCAUUGUUACGCUGUCUUUCGUUUUUUAUACCGUGGCUCCGCUGACAAACGGUGUCUGUGAGCCACAUCAGUAUUAGAUAGUAGAAUAUUUCGAUUUUUAUUUCGCUGCUGUUGCUGUGGUGAUUACUCUUUUAUUGUAGCCGAGAAAGGCAGCACAGAUGUAUAUGUUAAGCCUGCUGCCGUGCCUCCUGCACACAAUGAAUUUUAUUUACAGCACGAUUCCCUGCUGUACAUCACGGCUUCGCAGGUGAACUUCCAUGCCCUCAUGUGCUGGCGACAAUUUUUAAGUGGGUAAAGAGGCUGGCCUGGUGUCAUAUCUUGUAAUGAUCCGUUUCGUUUUCCAUUCUCCUGUUCUUAUCAUUUAUUGCACUGUCUGUCCAAACCAGGCGAUAACAGGGCUCAAGCCAGUGACAAAGAGCGAAGAGAAUGGAAGAUAGAAUGGGUUGUUACAAAGUUUGGCCCUUGGUCCACAGCUUCUGCCAGAAAGUUCCAAUGCCUCUCAUGUUUCAUGUCAAGAUGAAAUCGUCACUUUGGAAAUCUGUCGGUGCCUUGUAACAUUGGAUCGAGAGGCAGAAAAGCAUCUGA